CUUAUUUGACAUUUCAUGCAUUCCAGUUGUGAACGUGGAAUUUUGGAAUAAAACAAAUGAGCAAAAAACACGCGUCAAAAUUUUAACAAGAAACAAGAGAAAGAAAAGAUAUAAAAAAAACUAAAUUUAAUUAUUUAAUAUUUAGCAAACGUUCAAGAAUUUUGUAACUAUUCCAUAUAGAAACUAUUGUACAAUAAGUAUAAAAUAGCAAAAGAAACAAAAACUAAUAAAACAACGCAACAUUUUUACAGCAAGAAGUGUCUUUCUAAAUUUUUUUUUUUUUUUGUAAAUCAAACCUUAACAAAAACAACGAAAACUCCAACCCAAGAAAAAACCAAUUAAACUAGAUUCAGCACUAAACUAAAUAGUGCUAAGGAAACUUAUUGAAAAUCAUUUUUAAAAGGAAUCAUGGCAAAUUCAACAACAGGUCCUACGUAUAAAGAAAUUUUAGCAGUUUUUGCACGUUUAUACUCACAAUCGGCCAACAUGUCCUGUUUCGAUUGCGAUGCCUUUUCUCCCACUUGGUCUAACGUCACAUAUGGCGUUUUCAUUUGCACCGGCUGUUCGGCCGUACACCGCAGGCUGGAUGUCCACUUGAAUUUUGUGCGUUCCACAAACAAGGACACCAAUUGGACUUGGAUGCAGCUGCGUCAAAUGCAAUUGGGUGGCAAUGCCAAUGCUGCCCAAUUCUUCCGUGAACACAAUUGCACCACCACGGAUGCCCAGCAGAAGUACAAUUCUCGAGCUGCUCAACUGUAUCGCGAUAAAUUGACCGGUCUAGCUCACCAGGGAAUUUUUGAGCCAGGCGUUGUUGAAUUUGACAUUUGUACGUUUGGUUGUGCUGCAGAUUCAGAGAGUAUAGCCACAGUGUCUAGGGGUAAUAAAACAAAAACUUCUUAAAAUAUUGAGGUUUUCUUUAAGUUUAAGCCAAAUGUUUUGAUUGUUAAUGUUGAGAUUUUGUAAUAAAAUGUAUUUAAAAGUAA